AUGGGUGCCAAGGCGAAGAAAGCCCUGAAGAAGAACAUGAAGAAGGUCUCUGCAUCGGCUGCUGCUGCUGCUUCUGAGCUAGCAGUUGUCCAGAACCCGAAGCCGUCGGCUGAUUUUUUGCCACUAGCAGGCGGUCCAGCUCGAAAAGCUCCAGUGACCAAGACAAUUGUGGAGAACAAAGCCACGGUGCUCUACAUUGGUCGCAUCCCUCAUGGGUUCUAUGAGACUGAGAUUGAAGCUUUCUUCGCGCAGUUUGGAACAGUGAAGAGGGUUAGAGUUGCCCGAAACAAAAAGACUGGGAAAUCAAAGCAUUUUGGAUUCAUUCAGUUUGAGGACCCUGAUGUGGCGGAAAUCGCAGCGGGUGCAAUGCAUGACUAUUUGUUGCUAGAGCACAUGCUUCAAGUCCAUGUCAUUCCACCAGAGCAUGUCAAACCGAAUCUGUGGAAAGGGGUAAAGUGUCAUUACAAACCAGUGGAUUGGGUUCAGAUCGAGCGUAAACAACAUAACAAGGAAAGGACAUUGGAAGAGCAUAGGAAACUGUUGCAGAAGGUAGUGAAAAGGGAGAAGAGAAGGAGAAAGAAUAUCGAAGCCGCUGGAAUUGAAUAUGAAUGCCCCGAGCUUGUUGGAAACACACAGCCAGUCCCGAAGAAGAUCAAGUUUAGUGAAGACUAA